AUGAAACAUUCCGUGCUUACAAAGCUUAAAAAUCCUAGCGGUUGCUUCAUAAAAGCAUCCUUGUGGAAUCUAUUACAUGCAGAUGAUCUGAUAAAGAAAUUUGAAGCAACUGUAGCAGCAAAUAAGCAGCCUGCAGAGAGUUUGAACUCUAAAAUGGGACAAGUUCAGCUUGAGUUAAGAUCAAAAGAGGAUGAGAUAAAAUGUUUGCUAACAACUCAGGAGAACUUGGAGAAACAGAAAAGUGAUCUUCUAUUGAGCAAUAAUGAAUUUGCUAAAAAGCUAUCAAUAUCUCCCGAGGAGAUCAUUUUGAAGUUAGUUCAACAGGAGAGAGAUCUUGCUGCUAAGCAUGCUAAAAAGAAGUAUGAACAACUCCAUGAUAAAUUGGAAAGGUAUGCAUUACAAUUGGUUAACCAGAAGUUAAAUAGUAAGAUCAUCGACCUUCAGAAAGCCCAAGAGUCUGUUAUGGCCCAGCUUUCAGAAGAAUGCCAUUUAGCCGGAGAGAGAAUCCGGAAGUUGGAAUCAGAAGCAGAAAGUCUGGUCCUAAAGAAGAUUGAAACAGAAAAGUUGGUUUCAAAACUGGGGGAGAAGAUUGACACGCUGUCUGAAAGUUCAAGAUCAUAUGAGAAUAAAAUGCAAGAUCUAUCGCUGAAAAUUUCAGCAUUGGAAAUGGAGAACAAAGAUAAUGCAGAGAAAAUGCAAGUAGAGAUACUGGGAAAAACAGAAGAAAUUGCUAAUUUGGAAAGGGAGUGUGAGAAACAUGCGGAGCAGGUAGAUUCUUUGGAGAAACAAGUUGGUCAUCUGCAGUUCAUGUUAAAGGAAAAAGAACAGCUUAUCCUGCAAUAUAAAGAUAGAGGUAAGAAGCUGGAGGUUCAAAUUUCAGAGCUGCUGAAAGAAAACUUGUGGAAGCGAGGAAGCAAUGAUGUGAUGCUAGAAAGUAAGCAGCUAGAGUUAUCUAGACAUUUGAAAGAGAUAUCUCAGAGGAAUGAUCAGAUCAAGAAGAGAGAUUCUGGCAUCGGGAGAAGAACUCAAGAUGCCUGGUGGGGCCAGAGAAUGAAGAGAAGGAAUCACCAUUCCAGGUGUAACACAAACACCAGUGUCAAAAUGUUGAAGAAAGUAGAAAAUACCAACACAGGAAGUGUAAUGAGCAUUUCUAAGCAUAAUAAGAAGGUAACUCACCAUGAAUAUGAAGUUGAAACUACAAAUGGAGAACAGUUACAAACGAAGAAAAAUGAAAAACAACUCAUGCUGACUUCCCUUGUCUCACCUUACAUCAGGAUCCAGAAACAUAAGAAGGUGCGGACACCAAGAGCCAAUACCCCAGAAUUUGGUCAGGGAACUAAGGGAAGUCAUCCAAAUGCUUCAAACAUUGGUGAUUUGUUUUCAGAAGGUUCUCUAAAUCCCCAUGUCGAUGACCCAUACGCAUUUGAUUAA